GGAUGGGGAGCGGAUCCAAAGCCAACGGCCAACGGUAUCCACAAAAUUCUACGGCUGUCGUCAUCAUAACGCAGCCGAUAAAAAUAUCCCUGUAAGCAGAAUGAGCGAACUAGAAAUGGUGCCGUUAGAUCCGUCACUUCAAAAUAUCAUAGACCAAAAAUCCUUAAAGUGGGUCUUCGUCGGUGGUAAAGGCGGUGUCGGGAAGACUACAUGCAGCUGCAGCCUUGCCGUCCAGCUAGCGGCUGUACGGGAAAGUGUUUUAAUAAUUUCCACGGAUCCUGCCCACAAUAUCUCGGACGCGUUCGAUCAGAAGUUUUCUAAAGUACCCACAAUGGUGAACGGCUUCAAGAACCUGUACGCCAUGGAAAUCGACCCGAACCUCGGGUUCUCCGAGCUCCCCGACGAGUACUUCGAAGAAGGGGACCCCCUCCGGGCCAGCAAAAACAUGAUGCAAGAAAUCCUGGGCGCAUUCCCGGGCAUCGACGAGGCCAUGAGCUAUGCCGAAGUCAUGAAGCUGGUGCGGAGCAUGAAUUUUUCGGUGGUCAUCUUCGAUACAGCGCCCACUGGCCACACGCUACGGCUGUUGUCAUUUCCGCAGGUAAUGGAGAAAGGUCUCGGAAAGCUGCUCCGUCUCAAAUCUCACCUGAGUCCCUUCAUCUCUCAAGUGGCAGGUCUGCUCGGACUGCAAGACCUGACCGCCGACAUGAUGUCCUCGAAGGUCGAAGAAAUGCUACCCGUCAUCCGCCAGGUGAACGAGCAGUUCCGCGACCCCGACCAGACGACGUUCGUCUGCGUCUGCAUUGCCGAGUUCCUCUCCCUCUACGAGACGGAACGACUGGUACAGGAACUCACAAAGUGCGGCAUUGACACGCACAACAUCAUCGUGAACCAGCUGCUGUUCCCGAGUGCGCGGUCGACCUGCCGCAUGUGUGCCGCGAGAUACAAAUUGCAGGCCAAGUACCUGGAUCAAAUAGCGGACCUCUACGAAGACUUUCACGUGACUCGUCUUCCGCUGUUGGACAGGGAGGUCCGGGGGGCGGAACAAGUGAAGUGCUUUUCGCACCACCUCGUUGUACCUUACGUUCCGUCGAAGGAAGAAUGAAGUGUACGUUGUUAAGUUUCCCAUUCAAUCUGAUCAGAUGUUUCGCUGGAAAAACAAAAAAAAUUCUGGAGCAGACUUCACAAAGUCAUCGUGCAACAAUGAGAAAGUCUGAGUUGUCUUAUUGUUAUUUAAUUUACAGUUUUACUUUUUCUUAGAUACCAACUUCGACUUACCCUCCUUUCUACGCGUUCGAGCUACAUACUCUGUUUGGUUUGUUCCGAUUAGGUUAUCACGGUAUUUCAUAAAUAAAAGCAUUGGAGGUGAAGCGCAA